AUACCAACCCCAAUUCCGAAGGGGGAAAGCCUUCAUUGUUCCCAAUCACAGCCAAAACAAACGGAAAUUGCAGAAGAGGUGAGGGAGGGAGAGAGAGGGGAGGGGCGCUGGAUCAUAGCGACACCUCCGACAAUUGCCCUCUCCGAUCUCCGAUCUCCGAUCUCCGAUCGAUCGCCCGGAAGAAAACUAAAUCCGUUCUCUUACGAAACAAUCAAAUUCACAGAUCGUUCUUUGUUCUUUUGGUUCGAUCACAUAUAUGAUUCACAUUCGGUCUCUCUCCUCGUCCUCUCACCAUAGGUUUCCAGCCUUUGAUGCGACGAUCCAAUCGUCGGAAAGGCGAUCGCAAGUCUAAGGCCGACUCCGACGCCCAAAUGGACUCCGUUAAGCUUCAUUUGCGAUCCAGCUCGGCCCACCGGUCGAAUCUCUUCUCUCGAAACCCUAAGCAUUCUUCCGCCUGUUCCUCCAAAUGCAAUGUCUUGAUCCUCGCGUCAAUCGCUGUAAGCCUCGCGUUGUUCUGUUAUAUAUUUGUCGUGUCGAUGGGUUUCACAGGUUCCCCGAGACGGAAAUACGGGAUCGUGAUCGAUGGAGGAAGCACGGGGACGCGAAUUCAUGUUUUCGAGUACGAGGUUAGGGGCGGGGCUCCCAAAUUCGAUUUCCGGGAGAAAGGAUUGGCGUCAUUGCGGGUUAACCCAGGGCUUUCGGCCUACGCGGAGGAUCCGGAUGGAGCGGGCGGGUCGUUGAAGGAGCUGGUGGAGUUUGCGAAGAAGCGGGUUCCGAAAGACUCCUGGGGAGACACCGAGGUAAGGCUGAUGGGCACCGCGGGGCUGAGGUUGCUGGAUUUGGUUGUUCAGGAUCGGAUUUUGGAGUCCUGCCGACGGGUUCUGAGGCUGUCUGGGUUCAAGUUUCGGGAUGAUUGGGCUUCUGUUAUCACUGGUUCUGAAGAAGGGGUAUAUGCUUGGGUUGUGGCAAAUUAUGCACUGGGCACUCUUGGAGGUGAUCCUCUGAAGACAACAGGAAUCGUUGAACUUGGUGGAGCUUCUGCUCAGGUAACAUUUGUUCCAAGUGAGCCAAUUCCCCCAGAAUUCUCUCACGUUGUUAAAUUUGGGAAUGCUUCGUACAAUCUGUACAGUCACAGCUUGCUUCAAUUUGGUCAGAAUGUUGCCGUUGAACUAUUAAGGGAAUCACUUGUUGCAAGAGCCCCAGAAUCAAGUACUAUCAAAUCUCUUAAGAUGGAAAAGUCACUGGAUCCCUGUACUCCUAGUGGCUAUUCACACGAUUCAAAGUUAUGGACUUCCUCUACUGGUUCCAUUUCCAUGGCCGAAAAGAGUGGAUAUUUAUCCACUCUGCAGCCAAGUGGUAACUUCUCACAGUGCAGAUCUGCUGUAUUGACACUGUUGCAGAAGGGAAAAGAAAAAUGCUCCUACCAGCACUGCCAUAUAGGAUCAACAUUUGUACCCAAGCUUGAGGGGAAUUUCUUAGCCACAGAAAAUUUCUUUUAUACAGCGAAGUUUUUUGGGCUAGCCCCAAAGGCGUUUAUUUCUAGUCUAUUGAGGGCUGGAGAACAAUUCUGUGAAGCGGAUUGGCCUGAGCUGAGGACAAAAUACCACUCAUUUGAGGAGGAGGAUUUGUCACGCUAUUGCUUCUCUUCAGCAUACAUUGUGGCCCUACUCCACGACAGUCUUGGAAUUGCUUUGGAUGAUGAAAGGAUCAGGUAUGCGAAUCAAGUGGGACACAUCCCGCUUGACUGGGCAUUGGGAGCUUUCAUCUUACAGAGCACAGCUGAUUCAAUCGCGGAACAUCCCAACUGGAUAGCCACAGCCGUUAACAGUGAUUCAUCCACAGUGAUUGUUGUAUUUGUUAUUGUGAUCGCGUUGAUGUUUAGCGUGUGGUAUCUAUCAAAGUGGAGGAAGCCCCAGCUGAAGACGAUAUACGAUCUAGAGAAAGGCAAGUAUAUAGUUACCCGUGUGAGUAGAUAUUCAUAGCUUCCUUGGGAGGCCCGGUGGGAUCCCAAUUUUCCCGGUUUCGUAGGGGGAGGAGGAGCCGAUGCCGGCAUGCUUCCUCGUCCUCUUUGCCGUGGCUGAUCCCUCAGCAAUUGCACCAUUUUGAUAGCAAGUCUCCGAUCUAACUUUUGGGGUGGGUUGGGGUGGGGUGGUCUUCAGGGUGAAGCCUAUACUGAAUGAAUGACUUGACUCCUCGGGAGGCAGGCUACUGUUGUAAAAGAGGAAAUUAGAUUGUCAUCUCUGUAUUUAUUGUGUCAAUGGCUAACACAAACAUGUUUCUAGAUUUUUGUGUAACCUAUGGAAAGUGGAUUAGGGUGGAGAGAGAGAGAGAGAGAGAGAGGAUGCCAGAAUUGUUAGUGGCAGUGUGCAGCUUCAAUUGUUGUCAGUCAGUCUGAUUGCACGAAUCAUCAAUUCAAGUGAGUUCUCACGCUUUAUCAAACUUAUUUCAAUGAGAAAAUUUUUAGGGUA